AUGGAGGACGGAAUUACUGCAGUGCAUGUUCCGCGAGUCAGGCAGCUAGAAUCCUGCUGCUGCAUAGUAGAAAUAGGUAAGCUCAAGAUUCUGGUUAAUUUGGGCACAGAGUAUGAUCUGUCUCUGGGGAUCUACACGGAUUUAGAGUACCUAAAGGGCAUAACACAUAUUAUACUGUGCUCAAGUGAUAUUUCCUCGCUUGGGGGGCUUAUUCAUCUGGAGUCAUUGGGGAUAAAUGCUCCAAUAUAUGGAACAGUUCCUAUUAAGAUUUUGGGUAGAAUAGAGAUACUUGAGAGACUUAAAGUGCUCGAGAAGUUUCACGGUAACAGCAGCUUAGAUAUGAAGCAAGACAAGAUAUUUGACAGGAUAAUUCCUUUGAAGUACACGCAGACAGUUGAGCUGGAAGAUGGCAUAGUAGUUGGUCCGCUGAACAGUGGAAGCUCAGUUGGAGGUGCCAUAUGGAAAAUCCGAAAAAACGAGCAGGAGUGGAUUAUCUGUGAUAAAAUAAAUCACAGAAAGGAGGCACAUCUGGAUGGUCUGGAUAUAUCAAAUAUCUCCAAGCCACUGGGUGUAAUUGUCAAUAGCACUCAAGUAGUCAAGGAGCAGAGCACCCGAAGGAUGAGAGAUAAAGAGCUGGUGGAUAGUGUUGUAAAGUGCAUAAAUGGCAACGGAAAGGUAUUUAUACCAACUGGGUACUCGCAGCUGUUAGAGAUAGCCAUGACUUUGUACAACCAUAAAGAAACUCAAGAGAUGCCAAUGGCUCUGUACUCCUUCUAUGGAAACAAGUACUUUGACAUGGUGAAGACAAUUCUGGAAUGGACAGGUAGCUCAAUUCUGCACAAGUUCAACCAGGAGAAAGAAAACCCGUUCAAUCUACUGAAUCUGAAGUUUUACAACGAGUGCCCAGAUAGUGAGAUAUCAGAGAGUAUUAUAUUCGUAAUUGAUAAGCAUGGAAACUCUGGGUUUUCUCCUGUUAUACUGCCACACAUAGCCAAGAGCUCAAAAAAUCUCAUUCUAAGAGUAUCUAGCUCGCUUCAGUACAAAAAAAAGCAGGAGUGCAGUGAUGCAACGGAAGGAUCAGACAAAGGCGAAAAAACUCGAUCUGACACAGAGGAUAAAUCAGAUGAAUCAGAAAGGCAGCCUGCCCCAACGAAAGAAACCUCAUCUAGACACACAAUCACUCUAGCCCCUAUUAAGUACACGCGGCUGUCUACAACAGAAAUAGAAAAUGAGUACAAAAAAUCAAAGAAAGAGCAGGAGGCACAGGAAGCGCAGGAAAAAAUAGACAGAAUAGUAAAGCAAAAAAUAGAAGAUUCUUCAGAGGAAGAAGAGGACCGGAAGCAAAUAUUCAACAGAUUCUGGCACGAGCUGCAGGAUGAGAUUGAAACAAACGAGGAAAGAAUAACUUACCUUGAUUUUGAUAUAAACGGCACAGGAAGCAAACUGCUUUUUCCAAACCCAGCAAAGAGAAAGCCAACCGAUGAGUACGGCGAGCCAGUGUACAUACAGAAAGAAAAGGAAGAAGAGAAAGAGACUGAGGUGAUUAUGAAGCCUGAGGUGGUUCAGAAGAGGGCAUUUAGAAUUAGCAUCAGGAAAGAACGUGCAUUAAAAAUACGGGCUCAAGUAAAGACACUUUUCUUUUCAAGCGAGAGCGAUAUUUUCAACCUAAAGGUAGUACUAUCUGGCAUAGGCUCAGAGAAAAUAGUUGUAUACGGAGAAGACCUUAUUCUGAGAAAAGUACUAAAAGAGUACUUUGCAUGCACAACAGCUGCGCCAGAGGUACUUGAGCUAUGCGACAGGAAAACAUUGGAGGGAAUCCGGCACACUCUGCCUCUAAAGAUCCGAAAUGAGGAGCUUUCCUCCAUAAAGGUGCAGAAGCUUGGAAACACUCUUAUAGGAUACUUCACAGCACGUGUUAAUCGGGCAGAGAAGGUGCCAAUUCUAGAAAUAGAAGAGGCCUCUGAAACAAAAGAAAGUAUCUGUGUGGGAACAGUAAAACUCAGCGAAAUAAGACAAAUAUUUAUUGAUGCAAAGAUCAAAGCAGAUGUAGUAGAUGAGAAGUUAGUAGUAAACGAUAUGAUAUCCAUAUACUUUGACAAGCAGCAGCUCAUAUUGGAAGGAGAUAUCUCAAAAGAGCUAUACGAGGUAAAAAAGCUUCUGUCUAAAAGCAUUGCAUAUCUUCGCUCUGAGUAA